UCGGACCGGACAACACACGCCCAUUUGACGAGAGAGAAUUAAGAGAGUUACGUGCGAGGAACAGCUUUCUAAUCUCUGAUCUCUUGGAUUAUUCCUCCGAUGUAGCCCGCGGGAGGUAACUCGGGUCCGCGUCUUUUUGGCUACUACUUUACGCAUACCUCCACUCUGUUUAUCGCUUCAUAGUCGAACUCCUAUCACUUUCAGGAUGGAUUAAACACUCAUUCGUUUUUAACCACUUUGGAUCUUUUGGAACAUGACAAACGAUGAUCUGUUGCUCACUGAAGUGCGCAGUCGUGCCUUGGAAUAACAACAAGCGACUUUCCAAACACCUGAUCUCUUGAGAAACACUUUUGACCUGCUUUCCCUUUUGACGGGGCCGGGAUGGAGAGCGAGCUGAGGCCCAGGCUUUGUUUCCUUACCAAAGGAGACCACGACUAUGGGUUUCACCUGCACGGUGAGCGGAAUAAAGGAGGACAGUUCAUCAGAAAAGUGGAGCCCGGCUCCUCUGCAGACCUGUCGGGGCUGCGACCUGGGGACCGAGUGGUGGAGGUGAACGGGGAGAAUGUGGAGCAUGAAACACACCACGAAGUGGUGAGUCGUAUCCGCGCAGUAGACCACCGCACCAGGCUGUUGGUGGUGGACAGGGAGACAGAUGACUACCUCCGCAGCCGUGGUUUGGCCUGUACAGAGGAGCUGGCCAUUGAGAUGGGGACCUUCUCACCCAGACCCACCCCCUCAACCUCACCCAUACCUCGAGAGAAUGGAUCCGCCUCACCCAAAGAUGUGCUGUCCCGCUUACUGAACCCCCCAGCCGCAAACUCGCCCACUCACUUGUCCACAUACAGGAAAGCCAAGCGAUCCUCAGUGACUUCAAGCACGGCGACUGACACAGAGUUGCCGGCGGAGCCAUCACCAGAGUCACCAGAGGCGACAGUGGAGCUCCUCCCCCGCCUGUGCCACCUGCUGAAGGGGGAGCAAGGCUACGGCUUCAACCUGCACAGCAACAAGACACAGGGAGGACAGUUUGUCCGCUCUGUGGACCCCGGCUCAGCUGCUGAGAGAGCAGACAUCCGGCCCGGAGACCGGCUUGUGGAGGUGAACGGAGUCAACAUCGAAGGCCUGAGGCACUCGGAGGUGGUGGCGAUCAUAAGAGAAGGAGGGCAGGAAACGCAUCUGCUAGUGGUUGACCAGGAAACUGAUGAGCUCUUCCGAACACUGGGCAUCCAGCCCACCAGCAGCCAUGUUAAAGAAGUCUAUGUAGAUGAGCCGGCAAUCACAGACAGCGCGCCGCUCACCCCGUCUCCGACCACUGACCUCCCCAGUGCAGAUCCACCGGUCAUCAACGUCACGCUGUCAGAGGCGCCAAUCACAAACAGCCCCCCAAAAUCGCGGACCAAUGGAAGCUCAGCAUCCCAGUCCUCGAGGAGUUCCACCACUCAGUCAGAAUUCAGCAGCUCGGAUAUGAGCAUACAGGUCCCAGAUGAGGACGAGAGACGCGUGUCAGACCCCUUCCUGGACAGUGGCCUACGUCUGAGUCCCACUGCUGCCGAGGCUAAAGAGAAAGCCCAAGCCAGGCGCCAUAAGAAGAGAGCACCCCCUAUGGACUGGAGCAAAAAACAAGAGAUCUUCAGCAACUUCUGAGGAGAGAGGGCAGAGAAGAGGAGGAGGCCGUAAAAGGAGAAAAGAGAAAAGGAUAGACAAUGAUGGGAUCUUACAUUGUGAUUUUCUGCAGUAUAUCCCACGGUCGACAAUCAUGCAUUUCAGAUGACUGGCAUGCCGACAUCUUGCAUAAGCAGGGACAAGGAAAGAUUUUCUAGAUGCAUAUUUUAUCUCUAAAGACAAAGACAUUAUUUGUGGCUGUUGAAAUAAUCAUACACCACAAAACAGGAAUUAAAACAGGACAUCAUUAAUAGGUAGACCAUCUACUGGGAGACUGAAAGAAGUAGUGCCUAGUUAGUACACAGUAUUUCAUAUGAUUAAGUCAUAGUCAUGUCAGAGCCAUGUGUAGUCAGUAUCUGUAGCAGCCUAUACAUACUCCUGUAGGCCAGUGUCAGCAACGGUACAAGUGAUGUUAUUUGUAAUUUGUCUGAUUUUGGCUGGACGUUGUCAUUUUUUGGUUUUGUUUUAGACUGUUACUACAUUCCAUUUUUUGGAGGUUUCAGUAGCUUCAUUUUAUUUCAAUUUACAAUUAGUUCCUAAGAACUGAGUCCUGCAUUUGUUCUCUUUCUGCCUGCAUGUUUGCUUUUUGCUUGUCAGUCAUUUAGCAUGACACUUUUAAAAUGUAAAUAAAGAGGAAAAAAGGAGAGGCAUAAGUUAUAAAAUGUGGUUUGAUCAUCAGCACACUUCCCAUGGUUCAGUUUAUAUAUGUUAGAAUAAUUUCAUUUUUUAAGACAGUUUCACUUGAGACAACGUUUAGCUAUAAACAUUUGCCUCCAAUAAGUGCAUGUCCAGGAAUUUUCCAACAAAUGCACGGUCAAACGUUUUCAUAAUGAGAAAUUAAAUAUCAAGACAGAAUGAGUAAUCUCUUCAUGUUUUCAGGAUAUUUUCCCAAUUACAGCUAGUGCAGAUAGUUACUGUGUGAUUUGAUGAAGUUUCCAGUAUGCUGUGGUCUUUCCUUAUCUCCAGGCACCCCAGUACAAUAGGGCUCCUUGAGUAUUCAUUUGUGGAGCUCAAAUUGUCAAAAAUUUACAUGCAAACAACUCAGCAACAACAUCUUUUUCCAAAAACAAUGGCACAGUCCUCAGAGGCAAAGAAUUUGAGUGGGAAUUAUUUCCUGCCAAAGAACACCAGCGAACUGUAUCUAUCCACCCCCAACAAGUGUGAAUUAGGCAAAUAGAUAGAGUUUGUCAGUCUUCUUCAGUUUCAGUAGAAUGGACACCUUGCCAAAUCACACACAAACUAUCUGGAUGGAUAGACUG